UAAUAACCCGGGACGCAUUCUCGGCCUGGACGAAAUUCUGAAAUAAUUUGGCCCCAAAAUUACCUAGUGGCGAACGCUGAACUUUGAGCUGUAGCCUAGGUUUUACACGCUUGGGUUUUGGGUUGUAAAUCAACGCAUCGGAACUCGCAAAGGAGGGUUUGUAGAGUGUGUCUGUGGUGUUGGCGCCACUCAAGUCUAGUUCCGCGGCGUUAAGGCGAUGGCUGGCAACUUUUGGCAAAGCUCUCACUACCAAGAAUGGGUGUUAGACAAGCAGGAAUUGAACAGUAACCGGCAACUAGACCUUCAAGUACUGUCGGAGGAAGAAUAUCAGAAGAUCAUGAUUUUCUUUGCAAACUUUAUCCAGGUGCUGGGCGAGCAGCUGAAGCUACGUCAGCAGGUGAUCGCCACAGCCACCGUGUACCUGAAGCGGUUCUACUCGCACAACUCGCUGCGCUGCAUCGACCCGCUGCUGCUGGCGCCCACCUGCGUCUUCCUGGCCUCCAAGGUGGAGGAGUUCGGCGUCAUCUCCAACAACCGGCUCAUCAGCACCUGUCAGACAGUCGUGAAGAAUAAACUGGCGUACGCCUACGCUUCCGAAUUUCCGUACCGAAAUAACCAUAUACUGGAGUGCGAGUUUUAUCUUCUGGAGAACCUGGACUGCUGCUUGGUGGUCUACCAGCCUUACAGGCCUCUACUGCAGUACACGCAGGACCUGGGGGCAGAUGACCAGACCGUCUCCGUGGCGUGGCGCCUCAUCAACGAUAGCUUACGGACGGAUGUAUGCCUUCUCUACCCACCUUACAUGAUCGCACUCGCCUGCCUCCACAUGGCCUGCGUGAUCCUGAACAAGGACCAGAAGGCGUGGUUCGCCGAGCUGCACGUCAACUUGGAGAAGGUGAUGGAGAUAUCCCGGCACGUGCUCAGCCUGUACCAGCUAUGGCGGGGCUACGAGGAGAAGAAGGAGGUGCAAGCACUGCUGCAGAAGAUGCCCAAGCCCAAGACGCAACCCUCCAGACCGCCAUCCAGCGCGCAGAAGGACCUGAACGGCCAGGCGAAGGAGCUGGGCGGCAAGCACGGCUGAGUGUCGCCUGACCCGGCGUCUGGAGUGCCGAACGACUCAGGUGCCGUCACGUGCGCGCUGGGUCGGCGGCCCCUCCCGACUACGGUUUUCAUGUCUCCGCUCAGCUCUGCCGCGCGCCGCCGGCUCUCCUUGUGGCAGUGCGUUGACCUCCGAGUAGUGGGCAGCACACCAGGCCCACCCGAGCCUGGUGCAGGUCGCUGCCCCGUGCAUGCCUCGUCUGCCGGCCGCGGGCCGAGCUCACCUCGCUGUGGUGAACACUGUCGGCUCGGUGUGGUGAGCCCGGCCCGCCCUGUGGGACCCGCCAGCGGCGCCGUGCGGCCCCGCAGCCGACAAGACCGCGGGGUCCGCCGCGGCGCGCUCCGGCGGCGGCCAGGGGACGGGCCGCCUGCAGCGUGGCGGGACGGAAUAGGGCGACCCUCACAGUGCCACAGCAUUGCCAGACUUGUGGUGACGACUCAGGCGUGCGCCGGUGGGGGCAUGACCAACGACGUGCAUUUGGAUUGCUCCGCAACCGGUGUUUUAGCAUCAGCUGUUUCCUAGCCACGAGUGUGUUGUCGUUCACUGGAAGGUCGCAGGUAGCCUACGAACAGAUGUGAAACGCUUUUGCUCUUGACUGUGAUGCUGUCGACCUCAUGCCGGCGGACGGAGCGGCGGUCCCGCGCGACUGCCGUAUUUUGUAUUGUUUCUUAGCCAGAUGCUGAUGUCUCUCGGCAAUACACAUCCAGUGUUUGUC